GGUCCACACUCAGUCUUCAGAUUUGAAAGUUGUGUGUAUCCAUAGAAAAGAAGUUCACCAUGUCGUAUCAGAAGGUUGCGGUUUACUUGGCAAUUGUGGUUAUUGCCGUACUCGCUACAAAUGUUAACUCCUCUUAUCAAGAGGCUUACGCUCGUAAUAAUACAAGUUUGCCUCACCACUUGAUCCUUGGAAAGAGAUUGCCUGGUGACAGGCUUUUUCUAAGCCAAACGAUAAUCAAGAAUUCGACCUGGUGGAACGAUGUCGAGACCUGGAACUUUAGCAUUGGAAGAUACUCUCGUAUCACCAUGGUUCGUGCUCUCGAUCAGAUGAUUAAUGGCAACGGAGCAAACGCCACUCUUGUCCGAGGUGGACUAGGAUUCAACAACGUCACACUUAUGUUCAAGAGUCAAAAAGGCUAUGGAAUCAAUUUCAUCGUCGAGUUGUACGGUCGAUAAGUUUAUUUCGCUGGAUGAAUUAGAACCGUGUUAUCCAAGCCAAUCAUUGCUUGGAAGCCAAGCAAAUCAUUUGUCUUUAAUUUAUUAAAUAUAACUUGUUUAUUAGA